CGCGUUCGUGUUAUUGGUUCUUGGCGUGUUUAUGAACUAUGACGGAUUUUUCAGUUAACAAUCUUGAACCAUCACGAAUGUUCUCCCUUUCGAUGAUACAUUAUUUUAUUAAUAAUGGUAGAAUUUAUUGAUGCGGUGUAAGGAAGGAUCUUGGGCCGUACUACCUAAAUUUCCAAAUGAAAUCUGUAGAUGUUUCAGUUAAAUCCACUGCUGAACCAUUGCUUCCACCGAAUUUGGCUGGAUUUGUGUGUGGUGGCAUUUCUGGAACAGUUUCUCGAACAGUUACAGCACCUAUGGAUCGUUUAAAAGUCCUCAGGCAAAUGGAAAUUCCAGAAAUCGUAGGUAAAAACAUGGUUUCAAGCUUGCGUAUAAUGAUCAAAGAAGGUGGCAUUCUGUCAUUAUGGCGAGGUAAUGGGGUGAAUAUUUUAAAAAACUGUCCUGAAAGUGCUAUUCGCUUUGGUCUUCACGGGUGGCUUAAGUCAGUAAUUUUUCCUAAUGUGAAAGGACCACUACCUCCAGAAGAUCGUUUGUUGGUAGCUAGUUUGUCUGGUGCCACAUCGUUAACAAUAACUUAUCCAGUUGAGAUUUUAAAAACUCGAAUGGCUCUGCGUAGGUCACAUGAAGCCAAUUCCAUAUUUUCUGUAAUCCGAAAACUACAUAAUGAGGGUGGUUUCCGAGGAUUUUAUCGAGGCUACAAAAUCAGUAUGAUGAGUUACGUGCCAUAUUCUGGAAUGGAGUUAUGCCUUUAUGAGAUGCUUAAACAGCGUUAUGUAGAGUAUCAUUAUUUCCUCCAGCCUAACACAGAUCGUACAAUGAAGGUUCAUAUGCCAGCUAUGGUAACUGUUCCAUUGAUUUUAAUAUCUUGUUGUAUUCCAAUGAUGAUUACUUAUCCAGCCAAUUUACUUCGUACUCGAUAUCAAGCAUCACCAUCUCCGUCUGCUGCUCCUAUUAUCAAAUCUUUGUGUUCCAUUGUACAGAAGAAUGGGUUUAAAGGACUUUAUCGUGGGUUAAGUGCUAGUUUGUCAAAAACUGUUCCAUCUGUUUGUGUUACUUAUCUUGUUUUCGAAUUUACCUCUGAAUUGUUUGGUGUUCCUGGACUUGGUUGUAAGUAACAAAUUCGUAAAAUUUGGUGCUCAAUUUCUAGAGAAAUCAAUUAGAUGAAUUUAUCGUACAUCCAUAAAUUUGUAUCUUGAGUUUUUCUUACACAAGAAAAUUUUUCAGUUGAAUUUGAUUUCUUUUCCUUCGAUCAACUAAAAUUUAGGACUGAUUCAUCUUGUUUUCGGUCAUGAUGUUGACAUAUUGAAAUGUCUUUCAGUAAGUCUUAAUCUAGUUUAGUCAAUGAAUACCGAUAAACGAUUAUUGUGCUUUAGCUGUAGUUUUUUAGAGUAUAGUUAAGCCGAUGUAUAUCAGGAGUAGUGUGAUUCUUUCUCCACUUUCUUCAUUUUUUCUACACCCUUUACUCCUAAAUUUGUUUUUAGUUGUAUAUUAAUGAAUUCGCGGUAGUUACCAAUCAUUCUUAUUCUCGUGUGUCGCUAUUCACCGCAGAUGUUUCUUUCAUUUUUCUGAUAGCCUGUCGGUUUUUCUUCUCCUUUGUCACUUAAAGUAAACCAGUUGCCUCUGGUUACAUAAUUUUCCUUUCUUUUUCAGGUUUUUGUGUUUGUGUUGUCUAUCCAUUUAGUGGAUAUAAAAUGAUCAGUAUUUUUAUCAAACAUUGUAUCAGUAAAAAAAUUGUAUUUAGUUUUCUUUUCAAGAUUUUUACAACAAUAUUCAUGUUAGUAAUCAUAAAAAUACUUUUAUGUAUAUUGUUUGAAGCAAAUGUGUAAAUAAAAUAACUACCUAGAUAUCUAAAAUUCAGCGCUAAUUUUCCAUGAUCUUCAUAUUAAUCGGGCAAUACAUUCAACUUUGGAUGCAAUAUUGUCAAUAAAUUAAUAUGUCACUUCCAACUUCUCUAGCUCUUUAGGUCAUAACUUUUUCUUAUAACUUCUUGAAAUGCAUCUCAAAACUAGUUAACAUGCACUUGUUAUCAAGUGACUUUAGUUUGUACUAUCAAUUACUUCCAACAAUACAAAACUACCUUACU